GAGGCUUUACUUCCGCCCACACCGCCCUCUUUCCCUACGUCCGGCCGCGGCUGAUGACGUCAGGUUUUAGCUGAGGACUUGGAAAGAUGGCGGCCAUGGCACCGGUUGUAGUCUCGCGCCGAAUGAUGGGCACCAUAAGCAAGAUGUACUACGGUCUUGCUGGAUUUAAUAAACUAGGCCUAAUGCGUGAUGACAUUUUGUAUGAAGAUGAUGACGUAAAGGAGGCCGUUAAGCGGUUGCCACCCAAAAUAUACGAUGACAGAGUGUUCCGCAUCAAGAGAGCUCUGGAUCUCGAUUUGAAAAAGAGCAUCUUGCCCAAGGAACACUGGACGAAAUAUGAAGCGGAUGUCCGCUACCUGGAGCCAUACCUAAAAGAAGUGAUUCGUGAAAGGAAAGAAAAGGAAGAAUGGAACAAGAAAUGAGGCGACAGACGUUUUGUUGUAUUUAUGUAAAAAUUUGUGGCUUUCACCAAUCUUCCAGAUCAAUUAUUGGACUCGCUUACUGACCUCUAUUUCUAGAGCCGACCAACAAUAAAUGUUUCAAAUUAUUA